GGGCUAAAAUCCUCCACCAGCGUGACUCAGUAUGGCUCUCCUCCAGACCAGACAUGAUGACAUUUACAGGCUGAAACCCAGCCGAGCCGAAGCAGUUGAUAAAGUGAGGAGAGAGGGGACACACACUCACUCAGCCUCUGUCAGGAGAGGGGCUGAUGUGGGAACGAAACAAAAAGCUUUCGGCCCACAUCCAAACAGGACAAUGACUUUCAAUCUCACCCUGCCUACACACAGAUCAAACCAAGUGCUAAAGUCAGUGUGGGAGGUCAGCUCAUGGCUCUGGCCUGGUUCGGUCACAGCAGGAGGCCUCUCUGCCUGUAGAGGAUGGCUGCGUCGCUUCCUGCUGCUGAAGCUGGUGACGGUGCUCCUGCUCCCCCACAGUGCAGGCCUCCCCCUGCUGGUGGGCUGCAUGUUCAGCCUGCGGGCCCUGCUGCUGCUCCGCUCCCCCCGGGUCUCCACCAAGCCCUCCACUGUGCUCCUGGGCCAGCUGGCUCUCACAGACAGUCUGGUGCUGCUGCGCUGGCUGCUCCAGCUGGGAGGGACGCUGACCUGGUGGAUGAAGGAGGCAGGCUGGGAGAUUAGGAUGGGCCCCAUGAAGGAUUCGGGGUGGUGGAGGGAGGCCACGGACCUGUUCUGUCUGCAGCUGCUUGAUGCUCACCACCUGGCCUCUCUGCUCCUGCUGGGGCUGCUGGGACUGGAGGCCAUGCUGGUGUCGCGCUGGCCUCAGCAGACGAGGAGAUUCAGGACUUCUCGCUGGGCUCAGCUCAGCUGCAGCCUGGUCUGGAUGCUUAUGCUGCUAGAAUUGCUCUUCAUGCUCCACUUAAAACAAGAGUCCAGACUUCAUAUUCCUUAUUCCUCAACACUACAAAACUCUCAAACUUCAUUCCUGGGCCUGGUGCCUCUUCCCUCGCUCUCAGCUUUCUCCUCCUGCCUGAGGAGGACAUUAUGGCUGGGGAAUUUAUGGCUGCAUUAUGCAGUCCUCUGUAGCAAACUACAGAAGAGAAAGAGCUCCUUUCAUUGAAAUCUUAGGCUGUAAAAUAGCAUGAAAUCAACCAGUUAUUACUGUUAUUAUUAUUAUCUAUUCUGUGUAAUUUCUAUUUUAUUUAAUGUGUGUAGAAUUUCUGAUUAACUUUAUCUUAUAUGGAUCUUACAGAUACACCAAGUAAGAGAUUUAUUUUGAAAGAAAUAAUUAAAUAUAUCAGAUUUACGUUCAGUUAAUACAUCUAUGUGUUGUGCUGAGAUAUGACGACCAUCUCUCCACCGACCGCUAGCUGCACAGCUAACAUAAGAGGGCUUUUUAUUGUUUUUGCACAUGACCUCUCAUUUGUGAACGGGGAGUGUGUUAUUUCUUCUGUCAAAAGGCUGCAUCCUCUCCACUUUAAAGGGGCAAUAUGUAGGACUUUUAGUUGAAAAUAUUCAAAAAUCAACUAAAACUAUCAAAAGAAUGUGAAUAAGCAGCAGUUUUGACAUCAUGACGACUGUGUACUGUUUGGCAGAGAGAUCUCUACUGAAGUUAGUAUGCUAGCUAGCUAGCUAGCUCCUGCCCUCCUGAGUCUAGAGCAGUCAGUCAAAGUUCAUAUUGAGUUUGACAUGUGUGUUUUAAAAAUGUGUGGUACGAUGAAUAUUUUUCAGAAGUUGAAUAAAUAUUGUCAAAUCUGACUUUGUGGGAUUUCUUCAGUUUAAAAAACAAUGCAAUACGAUGCUUAAGAACUAAGCUGAUCACAUGUUAACAGUGUUCUCAUCCUGCAGCCUCUCAGCUGUUUGAUCAGCUGUUUGAUCUGGCAGACAGCCCAGGAAAGGGUGU